AAUUCAACCUCCAUCUUGUCAUUUCGUUCUCCAUUACAUGUUGCUUAACCACGCUGGCUAUACCUACGAAAUCGACUACGACCUACGGUACGGUACGGCCAUUCGCAUCGAUUUGUAUGCUGCACGUUGCACGUUAUUUUUUAGAACAUAACCUUGCGACGAUUUUCUUGGCAAUUAUUUCACGAGAUCUUCACUGAAAAGUAUCUUGAAUCGUUCUUGGAAAGUUACAUAUUUAUCUCUUGGCAUUGCAGAAUAUUUAUUUCCAAAUGAAGACCAAAGUAGUAGAAAAGAAAGGAAAGAAACGAUCGCUUAGUGAGACUUCCAUUUCUGUAAAGUCGAAUCAGAAACAAGGGAAUGCCAGUGAACUCAACAAGAGUUUGAAAAAACCCAAAUUUGAUAAAUUUGUUUCUAAACAAAAUGGAAAUUCUGUACUAGGAAAAAAAGGGGCGAUUCCUAAGAUAGUGGACAAGCAGAAAAUGAAGCAGAACAAGAUAGAAAAACAGCAAAAUAACGCUGUAGAACUAUUGGAAACAAAAAGGGAUACAGCAAAGACAAAAGUAACUGUGACCUCUAAGAAAGAAAUAACUAGUAGAGCUGGAGCACCUCGAUCAAGAAGACGUCAUUCUUUUAAUGCUAUCAAUCUUACUGUGGAUCAGAUGAUAAAAAAGAUUGAAGAAAUUAGGAGUAGAGAGGUAUUGUCAAAGAGAGCAAAACGGAUAUUGGGUAAACUUAACAGAAAAUUGAGAGAACGUGGAAACGAAAAAUUAGGUACAAUAGAAAAGGAAAGUAACAAAAAAGUGGCACAUUGCACAAAUUUAUUGAUGAACAAACAGAAAGCUAACAAUAAUGAUAAAAUUAAAAUAAAAAAGGACCAUGUUCAAAGUAAAGGUAAGCCACAGGAAGUUGGUGAUUAUAACGAUAACGAUAACGAUAACAAUGACGAUGAUGAUGAUGAUGACGAUGACGAUGACGAUGACGAUGACGAUGACGAUGAUAGCAACGUCGAGGAAGAAGAUGACAGUGAUGUUGAGGAAGAAAGUGACAAGGAUGAGAAUAACAAAAGCAAGACAGGGAAUAAAUUUAUAGAUAAUAAAUUAGAAAUAGAAAGUGAUGACGAUAAAGAUGAUAAGGAAGAUGAAGGGAUAGAAGAUGAAGAGGAUGUAGAAAGUGAAGAGGAUAUGGAUGUGGAGGAUGAGGAAGAUGAUGAGGAUGAGGAGGAUGUAGAGGACGAGGAGAACGAAGAGGAUGAAGAGGAUGAGGAGGACGAAGAGGAUGAGGAGGAUGAGGAAGACGAGGAUGACAAAAAUAUAAUUAAAGCAAAAAUUUUAGAAGCGAGAAAAAAAGAAAUACAAAACAAGAAUAAACAAGCCCUACAAUUUUUGGAUAAUCAGACAAAAGAAGUAAAGGAGCGAUAUGUCCUGUUUGUGGGUAAUUUACCACUGAAUAUAACUGAGAAUGAAAUCAAACAGCACUUCUUGACAAGGGUUGAUAAAAUAACGAGUAUCAGAAUUCCAACUAAGCCAGAUAAAACACCACGUGGCUUUGCAUAUGUGGAAGUGACAAAUAAUAAAGAUUUUCAGAAAGGUCUCUCGUUAAAUCAUACAUUUUUAAAGAAAAGGAAGAUAAAUGUUGAACACUCAAUCUCAUCCAAGGGUGGCAAAAAGAUAGAAGAUGCUACUAAAGAGGCAAAAACACUUGCGAUUGCCAAAAAAUUAAAAUUGCGAGCACAGAGGGCUGGAAAGAAGCCAAUAGGAAAUUAAAAAGCCAUUUGAAAAGAAAUGGGAUUUCGAAAAACCGAAAAUUUAAUGAAAUAAAUAGGAUUAAUUAACAAAGAUCUAUUUACAAAAUCAUUAUUUUAAACAUUUAGUAUUAUGAAUGAAAGGCUUUAAUAAGGAAGCAAUUAUGUCAGUGAUAUAGAUUCUUUUAAGUAUAUUUUCUAUGACCAAUAAAAUACAAUAUAAACAUAACAUACAUUCAUACUGUUUUAUAAAUGUAAUUCUAAAUAUAUGAAUUAUAUUGAU